GCUUGGAUUAGUUCAAAUGUCUUUGCUAGCGUCAGCCUUACAAUUGAACCAAUCACCGACGAAGGGGCGUUGACUAAAGGCUAUCGAACUUCGGCUUGACUACAGAAGAAGAAGAAGAAGAAAAAUAAGAAAAUAAUGUCGUGUGCACGAACAUCCGACAAAAACCGUUACCGAAAACCGUUACCGAAGACCAAAACCGUUACCGAAGACCAAAACCGUCACAAAAUGUCGUCAUAAUAUAUGCCGUACCGAACUGUUUUGGAUGCGAAGCAUGCCGUUAUUAGACGGGAGAGUGACACACACAUAUAUAUAUAUAUAUAUAUAUUGUUGCCUGAACUGAGGGACCCGAAUUAGCUAUUGUGCUAAACCGAGUCGCUGCUAGCUAGCUUGUUAUCGUGUGUUUUAGUCAGUCAUUUAGCUAGCGUUAGCUAAGGUUUACAGAGUACCUACCACCUGAAUACCCUUUCUCAGGUUGCAAGCACGUCCUAGCUAGUUAGCCAUGUUGACUUGUAGCGAACAUUAACUACAUCGAUUUAAGUCAACAGUAACUAGCUAAAAUGCAGUCACACAGGCUACAAGUUAUCUGCUAACGCGUUAGCUAGCUAAGGUUUAUUUCGGUUCGGGCACAGUAGGCAGGGGUCUGUCCUGCUUGCCCUCCGAUUUGGGGUUUUCUUUCAUCUGUCAAACUGAGGAUUCACAAACCCGGUGGCUGUCGGAGGUGUGACGUCAUCGCCCGGUGCUCUUCAACGAGGAGUCGGGAUCUGAUUGGUCCGUUUGGGUUGCGGCUGGCGGGCUGGCUCCUCCCCCUCCCGGCGGCAGCGUGCGUUCCCAGCUGCCUCCCUGCACUCCACGCUCGCCCGGCCUGCUCGCCCAUGCCCCCGCCACCCCCACCAGGCCCUCCAACGCCAUGUGCCUUCCCCACACCAUGGAAGCAGCAACAGGGAAGCACGGAGCGAGUCAGGCAGGGUUAGGCCUCGGGGGGCUGGGCCAGGGGGGGCGGCGGUGUGGAGGGGUACCACUAGAGCCCUUCGUACACCAGGUGGGAGGGCACACCAGUAUGAUGCGUUACGACGACCACACGGUGUGUAAACCACUCAUCACCCGGGAGCAACGCUUCUACGAGUCGCUGCCUCCGGAGAUGAAGGAAUUUACAGCAGAGUACAAAGGCAUGGUGUUGGUAUGUUUUGAGGGGGAUAUUGACGGAUACAUCAACUUGGUAGCGUACCCGUACGUGGAGAACGAGAUCCUGGACCACGAGGACCUACCGGAGAGGGACCAACCCCGGAGGAAACACUCCCGGCGCAGCCUCCUCCGCUCCACCUCCGAGAUCAAGGAGGAGAGGCUACCACACGAGAGUGACAGCACUGAGAAUCUCCAGGAGCUGAAGAGUCCUCGUCUAGAGCUCCAGAUCUACAGUGAUAUUCCCUUCCAGAUGCUGGAUAACAACAGCGGCCUGGGCUCAGAGAAGAUCAGCCACAACCCCUGGAGCCUCCGCUGUCACAGGCAGCAGCUCAGCCGCAUGAGAUCAGAGUCCAAGGACAGGAAGCUCUACAAGUUUCUGCUCCUGGAGAACGUGGUUCACCUCUUCAGCUACCCGUGCAUCCUGGACCUGAAGAUGGGCACGCGGCAGCACGGGGACGAUGCCUCGGAGGAGAAAGCAGCCAGGCAGAUGCAGAAGUGCGAGCAGAGCACCUCCGCCACCCUGGGGGUUCGUGUCUGUGGGAUGCAGGUGUACCAGAUGGAUACGGGCCACUAUCUGUGCAGGAACAAGUACUAUGGCCGCAGCCUGUCCAUCGAGGGCUUCCGCCACGCCCUCCACCAAUACCUGCACAACGGGGCGUCGCUCAGGAAGGACCUGUUUGAGCCCAUGCUGUGUAAGUUACGCAGCCUGAAGGCCAUUCUGGAGAGACAGACCACCUACCGCUUCUACUCAUCCUCCCUGCUAAUCAUCUAUGAGGGGAAGGAGCCUGAGCUGGCCUACGUCUGGCAGAAAGCACCACAGGAGACCUGGCAGCAGAAAGCAGCAUCACCACCACAGGCCCCGGCAGAGCCCUUAGAAAACCAAAAAACACCAGCACCACAACCAGCAGCUGAGCUGCCCUCAGAGAAGGGGGUGGCAGUCAACCCAGGGCUAGGAAUCCAAGGUGUCCAAGGGCCAGGGAUAGGAGUGGGACUCCAAGGUGGAGUCCACCAAGGUGUCCAAGGACCGGGGUUAGGAGUGGGGCUCCAAGGUGUCCAAGGACCGGGGAUAGGAGUGGGGCUCCAAGGUGUCCAAGGACCGGGGAUAGGAGUGGGACUCCAAGGUGGAGUCCACCAAGGUGUCCAAGAACCAGGGAUAGGAGUGGGGCUCCAAGGUGUCCAAGGACCGGGGAUAGGAGUGGGGCUCCAAGGUGUCCAAGGACCGGGGUUAGGAGUGGGGCUCCAAGGUGUCCAAGGACCGGGGAUAGGAGUGGGGCUCCAAGGACCGGGGAUAGGAGUGGGGCUCCAAGGUGUCCAAGGACCGGGGAUAGGAGUGGGGCUCCAAGAUGUCCAAGGACCGGGGAUAGGAGUGGGGCUCCAAGGUGUCCAAGGACCAGGGAUAGGAGUGGGGCUCCAAGGUGUCCAAGGACCAGGGUCAGGAAUGGGGCUCCAAGGACCGGGGAUAGGAGUGGGGCUCCAAGGUGUCCAAGGACCAGGGUCAGGAAUGGGGCUCCAAGGACCGGGGAUAGGAGUGGGGCUCCAAGGUGUUCAAGGACCGGGGUUAGGAGUGGGGCUCCAAGGCGGAGUCCACCAAGGUGUCCAAGGACCAGGGUCAGGAAUGGGGCUCCAAGGACCGGGGAUAGGAGUGGGGCUCCAAGGCGGAGUCCACCAAGGGGCCCAUGGACUGACAGAAGCCCCUCUCCAGCUGCCCCAGGCAAUACCACCUCCACCAAACCACCCCCCCAUGCCCGUCCCAACCCCUCCACAGCCACAGCAGCUCCACCAGGAGCCUCUCCAGCCCCUUCCACCCCAGCCCUCAGACCCCCACACCCCCCCUCCACCACUACCACUCCCCUCCAGCCCGAGCAUCAGUGUGGACGUCCGCAUGAUAGACUUUGCCCACAGCACCUUCAAAGGUUUCCGCGACGACCAGACGGUGCACGACGGGCCGGAUCGGGGCUACGUGUUUGGAUUAGAGAGCCUCAUCAAGAUCCUAGAGGGCCUCCGAGAGGAGAACCUGUAGUAGCCUAACCUGGGACUGACGAAUUGGUCUUGUCUCAAAUGGAUGGUACCCCCUAUUCACUAUGUAGUACACUACUUUUGAACAGGGCCCAUAGGGUAUUAACACGUCUUCUUUCUCUUUAAUUAUAAUUAUUAUUAUUAUUAUUAUUUUAUUUUUUUUAAUAAAACCCAGGGUGCAUCCAAAAAAAGGAAGCCUUACUCCUAUAAGGAUCUGGUCAAAAGUAGUGUACUAUGUAGGGAAUAGGGUGCCAUUUGGGAUGUACCGAUGAUGGUGGUUCAGGAGAAGACUAACUGACACAUCUUCAGAUGUCCUCCUCUCCCUCAGUGCUACUACCCGCUACCCUGUCCUCAAUGACUCUGUUUUGGAGCAAGAAAAGCACAUUAUCUGUAAUAAGAAACCUGAUGGAGCAGCGAUCUGUAAUGAGGACCUGAUGGAGCAAUGAUCUGUAAUAAGAAGGACCCGGUGGAGCAGCGAUCUGUAAUGAGGACCUGAUGGAGCAAUGAUCUGUAAUAAGAAGGACCCGAUGGAGCAGCGAUCUGUAAUGAGGACCUGAUGGAGCAAUGAUCUGUAAUAAGGACCCGGUGGAGCAGCGAUCUGUAAUGAGGACCUGAUGGAGCAAUGAUCUGUAAUAAGAAGGACCCGAUGGAGCAGCGAUCUGUAAUGAGGACCUGAUGGAGCAAUGAUCUGUAAUAAGGACCCAGUGGAGCAGCGAUCUGUAAUGAGGACCUGAUGGAGCAAUGAUCUGUAAUAAGAAGGACCCGGUGGAGCAGCGAUCUGUAAUGAGGACCUGAUGGAGCAAUGAUCUGUAACGAGGACCUGAUGGAGCAGUGAUCUGUAAUGAGAAGGAUCUGAUGGAGCAAUGAUCUGUAAUAAGGACCUGGUGGAGCAAUGAUCUGUAAUAAUAAGGACCUCAUGGAGCAGUGAUAUGUAAUGGGGACAAGAUGGAGCAACGGUCUGUAAUGAGGAUCUGAUGGAGCAGUAAUCUGUAACGAGGACCUGAUGGAGCAGUGAUCUGUAACGAGGACCUGAUGGAGCAGUGAUCUGUAAUGAGAAGGAUCUGAUGGAGCAAUGAUCUGUAAUAAGGACCUGGUGGAGCAAUGAUCUGUAAUAAUAAGGACCUCAUGGAGCAGUGAUAUGUAAUGGGGACAAGAUGGAGCAACGGUCUGUAAUGAGGAUCUGAUGGAGCAGUAAUCUGUACUAAGGAUGACUUGGAGAAAUUAUCUGUAAUGAGGACCUGGUGGAGCAGUGAUCUGUAAUGAGGACCUGAUGGAGCAGUGAUCUGUAAUAAGGACCUGAUGGAGCAAUUAUCUGUAAUGAAGGAUCUGAUGAAGCAAUGAUCUGUAAUAAGGACCUGAUGGAGCAAUGAUCUGUAAUAAGGAUCUGAUGGAGCAAUUAUCUGUAAUAAGGACCUGUGGAACAAUGAUCUGUAGUAAGGACCUGGUGGAGCAAUGAUCUGUAAUGAGGACCUGGUGGAGCAAUGAUCUGUAAUGAGAAGGAUCUGAUGGAGCAAUGAUCUGUAAUGAGAAGGAUCUGGUGGAGCAAUUAUCUGUAAUAAGGACCUGAUGGAGCAAUGAUCUGUAGUAAGGACCUGGUUGGAGCAGUGAUCAGAUGAGGACAUGGAGCAAGGAUCUGUAAUGAGAAGGACCUGAUGGCGCAGUGAUCUGUAAUGAGGACCUGAUGGAUGCAAUGAUCUGUAGUAAGGAGGACCUGAUGGAGCAGUGAUCUGUAAUAAGGAGGACUUGAUGGCGCAGUGAUCUGUAAUGAGGACCUGAUGGAGCAGUGAUCUGUAGUAGGAGGACCUGAUGGAGCAGUGAUCUGUAGUAAGGAGGACCUGAUGGAGCAGUGAUCUGUAAUAAGGAGGACCUGAUGGAGCAGUGAUCUGUAAUAAGGAGGACCUGAUGGAGCAGUGAUCUGUAGUAAGGAGGACCUGAUGGAGCAGUGAUCUGUAGUAAGGAGGACCUGAUGGCGCAGUGAUCUGUAAUAAGGAGGACCUGAUGGCGCAGUGAUCUGUAAUAAGGAGGACCUGAUGGCGCAGUGAUCUGUAAUAAGGAGGACCUGAUGGAGCAGUGAUCUGUAGUAAGGAGGACCUGAUGGAGCAGUGAUCUGUAAUGAGGACCUGAUGGAGCAGUGAUCUGUAAUGAGGACCUGAUGGAGCAGUGAUCUGUAGUAAGGAGGACCUGAUGGAGCAGUGAUGGAAUGGAUGGAAGGCUGGGGUAUGUCUAUGCUACUGUCUGACAGUAAAGGUGAAAGGCCGUGACCUUAGACUGUAAAUGUCACUCCUUUCUGACUGUUGUGCUCCUAGAAUAAGAGACACAAACUUAAAGGGAGUGUCUACAGCCGUGUGUGUAUCCUAUCAAUCCUCCUGGACAGAAAUGGCUGCCAUUCCUCUGAGGGAAACAUAAAAAGGACAAUGUCUGCCUUGUGGGUUUUGUCGCCACUGAGUGGCUAACUGAAGUAUUGCAUUGAAGAAAAGGCACAAGAUGGAUUUGGUUUUGAAAGUCGUGAAGCCACUGCUCAGGGCAAGUCCAGGUCCUGUUUCGGGGCCCAAAUGGCAUCCUAUUCCAAUUUUCUCGUGCACUACUUUUGAUCUGGGCCCACAGGGAAACCCAUAGGGCUCUGGUCAAAAGUAGUGCACUACAAAGUGGAUGGGUGCCAUUUGGGACAUUGCCCCUGUCUCUGCUGUGGGACUGGUACAGAGACUGUCUCUGCUGUGGGACUGGUACAGAGACUGUCUCUGCUGUGGGACUGGUACAGAGACUGAAGUGUGUAUACGUCAAUAUGUGUUAAGGGACUGUGGGGGGGGGGGUCUUGGGGAAGGGAAGUCUCCAUACAGCUGUAGUCCCUAGUCUCCAUACAGCCGUAGUCCCUAGUCUCCAUACAGCCGUAGUCCCUAGUCUCCAUACAGCUGUAGUCCCUAGUCUCCAUACAGCUGUAGUCCCUAGUCUCCAUACAGCCGUAGUCCCUAGUCUCCAUACAGCCGUAGUCCCUAGUCUCCAUACAGCCGUAGUCCCUAGUCUCCAUACAGCCGUAGUCCCUAGUCUCCAUACAGCCGUAGUCCCUAGUCUCCAUACAGCCGUAGUCCCUAGUCUCCAUACAGCUGUAGUCCCUAGUCUCCAUACAGCUGUAGUCCCUAGUCUCCAUACAGCUGUAGUCCCUAGUCUCCAUACAGCUGUAGUCCCUAGUCUCCAUACAGCUGUAGUCCCUAGUCUCCAUACAGCUGUAGUCCCUAGUCUCCAUACAGCUGUAGUCCCUAGUCUCCAUACAGCUGUAGUCCCUAGUCUCCAUACAGCCGUAGUCCCUAGUCUCCAUACAGCCGUAGUCCCUAGUCUCCAUACAGCCGUAGUCCCUAGUCUCCAUACAGCCGUAGUCCCUAGUCUCCAUACAGCCGUAGUCCCUAGUCUCCAUACAGCCGUAGUCCCUAGUCUCCAUACAGCUGUAGUUCCUAGUCUCCAUACAGCUGUAGUCCCUAGUCUCCAUACAGCCGUAGUCCCUAGUCUCCAUACAGCUGUAGUCCCUAGUCUCCAUACAGCUGUAGUCCCUAGUCUCCAUACAGCCGUAGUCCCUAGUCUCCAUACAGCUGUAGUCCCUAGUCUCCAUACAGCUGUAGUCCCUAGUCUCCAUACAGCCGUAACCCCUAGUCUCCAUACAGCUGUAGUCCUAUCAGGGGUUUAAUAGGUGAGCAACUUUGCUUACAGGCUGAUGUUUGUCAUGAAAGCGUUACUGUAAAGAAAGCAAGGGUUAAUAAAUUAUUUUCCCUCCUUGAUAAAGAGGUUGAAAAAUAAAUAAAAACCCAGGCUACCUCUGAAAUUGGCACCCUAUUCCCUAAUGAAGUGCACUACUUUUAAGGCUCCAGAGUCCUAUGGGUUAUGUAUCCCUGGUCAAAGCCAGUGCAUUACAUAGGGACUAGGCCCCAGCCUUCAGGCUUCAAUUGAAAUACAGCACAGCUCUGUGUCUCCCCAAAUGGUUAUCUAAUUUAUUAACAGGUCACAGUUUUAUUAUGUUGCUUUCCAUGGUUAGUAUCUUGCUUAUUCUGUUCUAAAUAGAGCCACCGACCGUUUCAUUUAAAGGUAUCCAACUCAUUUUCGAACGUUACAAUGGGCACAGCCAAACAACAGAAGUGAUUCAUUCGACUUCCACUUUAUUUCCCUACUGCUGUGCGCCAGUGGCAAACUUGCCAGAGUUAUUUAUUUGAGUCAAAGAGAAUAAAAGUCAAGUAAACAAGUGUAAUGUUAUAUUAUUGAAUUUGAGUUUUCUAACGUUAGCUAGACCUACUGGUAGGCUAGUUCUGUUGUGAUAAUAACGUUAGCUAGGCCUACUGGUAGACGAGUUCUGUUGUGAUAAUAACGUUAGCUAGACCUACUGGUAGACAAGUUCUGUUGUGAUAAUAACGUUGACUUUUCCUACUGGUAGGCUAGUUCUGUUGUGAUAAUAACAUUGACUUUACCUACCGGUAGGCUAGUUCUGUUGUGAUAAUAACGUUGACUUUACCUACCGGUAGGCUAGUUCGGUUGUGAUAAUGACGUUAGCUCGACCUACUGGUAGGCGAGUUCUGUUGUGAUAAUAACAUUAGCUUGACCUACCGGUGGGUUAUUUCUGUUGUGAUAAUGACGUUAGCUUGACCUACCGGUAGCAUGGUUCUGUUGUGAUAAUAACGUUAGCUCGAUCUACCGGUAGGCUAGUUCUGUUGUGAUAAUAACGUUAACUUGACCUACCGGUAGGCUAGUUCUGUUGUGGUAAUAACGUCAGCUUGACCUACCGGUAGACUAGUUUUACUGUGAUAAUAUGUUAACUUGACCUACCGGUAGGCUAGUUCUGUUGUGAUAAUAACGCUAGCUUGACCUACCGGUAGGCAAGUUCUGUUGUGAUAACGUGAGCUUGACCUGCCGGUAGGCUAGUUCUGUUGUGAAAAUAACGUUAGCUUGACCUACCGGUAGGCUAGUUCUGUUGUGAUAAUAACGCUAGCUUGACCUACCGGUAGCCUAGUUCUCUUGUGAUAACUUGAGCUUGACCUGCCGGUAGGCUAGUUCUAUUGUGAAAAUAACGUUAGCUUGACCUACCGGUAGGCUAGUUCUGUUGUGAUGAUAACGCAAGCUGGGUCUACUGGUAGGCUAGUUCUGUUGUGGUAGAGUUAAGGCCCGGGCCAUCCACCAAGCCAAUAACUAUAAUGAUAACCUAUAGGCUACAUAACUAUACAACGUUGGUGAGCAUCCACGCUAGAGGGAAUUUAUCAUUUUACAGUCCUACACCUGUCAAUCAACUGAUCGACGUAUCCUACUGCAAGCCGCUAUUAAUAAAGUGGUGACACAAGACCAUUCAGUGCUUUCAGGGUGUGUUUGUCAUAGUGGGAACCGCAUAUAGUAGACGACUUCAAUGUACAUGUCGGCCAAAUGGAAAAAAACAAUGUAGUAACUCGUAUUUAAAUGUAGCAUUUCAACAACAAACGCGGUUUAGCCUGCACAUCUUUUACAGCAUGUCAUUACCUCAUUGCUCAAGUGGUUUCUAUUUCACUGUUCUCAUCACUGUUUGUCCUGUGCAAGUAUUUGCAAUGCAUCAGGACAUGAAAAUUAUCACGUGGCCAAAACUGAUCCCAUCAAUGCCACGAUCUCUCUUCAACUUUCCUCACCAUCAUUUUACAUGCUCUAGGCCUGUUUUUACAUUCAGCAAUUAGCAAGAUCAAAGGCUAUUUCCUUCCCCAAAUAGAAUAAAAACAGAUUUAAAUAAAUUUUGUAGCCUAUAGCUUUUCCUGGCAUUUCACGAAAAGAGACAAUGGCGUAUUGCGGAGAGGCUUGCGUAGCCUAUAACCUGUUGCGUACAGGUACUUCUGGAAGAGAGAGGCUAGUGAAUUGUAGUUGAAGGUAGAAGCAACAUGUUAGCUAGAUAUUAACCUGCCAAAGUGCAAAGAAAAAUAACUUAACAGAUGAUGAAACGGUAGAUGCAUCGGUUCGUUCCUCCAGGCUGUGCUCUUGUAACGGAUGUGAAAUGGCUCGCGAGUUAGCGGUGGUGCGCGCUACUCUGUGGUCCCCUACUCGUAAAGCUUCACUAUUGAUCAGUCCUACAUCGUUAGAAAAUAACAUUAUUCUACCCUGGGCUACAACAACAACAGUGCAAUGAGGAAUCUAUUAUUGUUAUCUAGUGAGUACACCAUUUUAUUUUAUUUAUUUUUUUGUCCAUAGGCUGUAGUGAUGUAGGCUCGUUUGAAUAACCGCUCACGCUUCCUGCCGAAAUAACAGCCGAGGUCAUUUUUACGUAACCGUCCGGGUCUAUUCUUCACAUUUGAGAAGGUCCAGAAAGGUUACAUUAACAGGCCACUCGUAUGGUGUUAGACCUAUUUUGUCUGGAUGAAACCCUGUGUUGAGAUUCUACUAUAGGAAAGUAUGCAUCUUCCACGUUUUCACUACACUCCGCCCGUUAAUGCUGUUUUACAUUCAGCAAGCAAGGGUGCAAUCUCUCCUCCAGUAGGCUAUCAGUAGUACGCUAAAGGAAAUACGUGAGCAACAAGCUUUUGUUGUCAUGCUUUUACCCGGGACUCCGAAUGAUUUUUCGAGGAAUCGCGGUGGCAGCGGAGAGGACAGGCGCGUCGUUGCGCCACAACAAUGAAGACCGACAAGGCUCCAGAUGUAGCCUGGACCCUAAAUUAGAAGCGUAUGCAUAUUAGCCAAUAAUACACAAACUCAGUGUAAGGCUUAAUACUGCAGUGAAUAGCCAGUUUCAAGUGAGUGGGGAAAACUAGUGUUGGCUGUGAACCUGCACUGAAUAGCCUAUGUCAUUUUGAAUAACAAUUCAAAAGCUUGCCGUUUAAAAAAAAAAAAAUUUGUAUGCAUAUUGAUUUGGAAAUAAACUCAUCUGGCCUGUCGGAUUAGGAAACCAUUUGGAACAUUUGGGGGUUUUUUCUCGGCAGUUUAGUCUGAAAAGUCCAGGCACAUUAGCAGAACAGUAAAAGGUUGUAUCAGCUAUCAGGAACAUGGAAUUGCAGGGAUAUUUGUAUAUUGUUUUUUAUUACGAUAAUGUUGAAGAAGUUGUUAUCCAUAGUUUUGUCGUUUGGCUUCCGUGUUUAAAAAGCGUUUGAAAAUGAGGUGGAUAUAAUAUUAUUAUUGUUUAUUUUUUCCUCCCUAUACCAGAGUCUGGUAGUUAGGCCCGUCCCAGUCCAGGUAUACCAUUGGGACACUGUAUCACACACAUCCUUUAGUCCAGACACAUUGAUGCCCCUCUCUGUUUUACAAACUAAGCCUUUCUCUCAUUUUAGGAUCUUUUUUAAUUUGCGCUGUAGAAGGUGUAUUGAAAGCCUGAUUCUGAUCUUAUUUUUAUAGUACUCGUUUUCUUUUGGGGGCGGUUAAGUCACGUCAAGGGGCAGACUAGAGACCUGGCUUCAAAUAGGUUUCAAAUCAUUUCAAAUACUUUUUAGCAGGGUUGUAAUUGAAAAAUUAACAAAAACCCAGUGUAUGUCUGAAAUUGCACCCUAUUGCCUGGCAAAAUGUAACCAAUAGAAUAGUCUCAAAACUGAAAAUCCCGCCUAUGACCUGGCCCUCCAGGCAAGCAGGCUAAAGAAAAAGCAUUUGAACCCAGGUCUGCUACUCUCUCACCACCGAUACACAGUGAACCCUUGUCCUCCAUCUUAGCACAUGUAGCAGAAUGAUAGUAGAGAGACUCCUCCUUCACCACUCUCACCCUCUUCUUCUCCUGUGUCCUCUUCCCUCUGUUCCCCAGCCCACUCACCAUAGUCUGUUAGUCUAGUGUCACCCAGUUGGUUAGGAUGUCUCUCUCUCUCUCUCUCUCUCUCUCUGUAGAUUGGUUGAACAAUGGUGCACUGUAGCUUUAAGUCACUUUGAUACAUUUUUUUUUAUGUGGAUUUUUUUUUUCUUCUCUGCCCUGGCACGGUUGCAGGUCUUGUCUUAGUUUAAUAUCUUUGACAGGGUUUCAAAAUUCCCAGGUUUUCCACAUCCCAGUUAGAAGAAUCCCAGACUCAGAGGAUGAAAUAGGCUGGUUCCUGCUUAUCAGGACUUCUGGGGAUAUGGGGAAAGUUACCAGGAACACUUUGCUACUCUACUCUGACUACAAAGCACUAGGAUGCUAUAAUAUUGUAUCUUUACGUAUAACUAAUAUUAUCUACUGCUACACAAGUACAUGAACUGACUUGGAUGUGGCCAGAACUGUAAAAAAACUCCAUUUCAACACAUGCAAUCCAAUGUUGAAAAACAGACACUGUAGAAUUACAGGUUUUCUAUUGGUUUAGAGUUCUAUCUAUCUACUACAUGCAUUCUGAUUCUAGAACCAAUUCAAUGUUGAAAAACAGACACUGUAGAAUUACAGGUUUUCUAUUGGUUUAGAGUUCUAUCUAUCUACUACAUGCAUUCUGAUUCUAGAACCAAUCCAAUGUUGAAAAACAGACACUGUAGAAUUACAGGUUUUCUAUUGGUUUAGAGUUCUAUCUAUCUACUACAUGCAUUCUGAUUCUAGAACCAAUCCAAUGUUGAAAAACAGACACUGUAGAAUUACAGGUUUUCUAUUGGUUUAGAGUUCUAUCUAUCUACUACAUGCAUUCUGAUUCUAGAACCAAUCCAAUGUUGAAAAACAGACACUGUAGAAUUACAGGUUUUCUAUUGGUUUAGAGUUCUAUCUAUCUACUACAUGCAUUCUGAUUCUAGAACCAAUCCAAUGUUGAAAAACAGACACUGUAGAAUUACAGGUUUUCUAUUGGUUUAGAGUUCUAUCUAUCUACUACAUGCAUUCUGAUUCUAGAACCAAUUCAAUGUGUGUUUCUAUUUGGCAUUAUGGAGAAAAUGUAGUCUCCCGCAAAAGUCACACUUCUCGUCACAACUGUUAAAAAUGGUUGUUUUCUUACCCCCAGAGUUCCAAAUUCAUUCUUAUUUAUUAAAGACCUUUUCUUCAAACUAAUUUAUAUGGAAAAAUAUGAUAAUGGAAUUUCCACCUGUGGGGAAGGGUGGCCUCUUUAUCAGUCUACUUGGCAGGGCUUUGUAAUGUGUUAUUGUCCAAAAAUACAUUUUUCAGGUUGAUUAACCCAGAAAAAAAAAUGCUUUGGAGGGACAAAGUAGUUUUUAGAUGGGAGGGGGGAAAAAACUAUUUCAAGAUGCCAAAAUAAAUAUUUUUUCAAAGCAGCUUACUAUCUUCCAAAAAACGGGAAAUAGUUUGUUUGAGAACCUGUUUUUAAAAGUGGGCAUUUGUGUUAAAUUAAUAAGUCUACAUCGCAGCGAUACAAACCGCAAAACGUGUGCUGUGUCAGAGACAAAUAUAUCCAAUCGAAAUGCCACCCUAUUCCCGCUAUAUAGUAGUGCACUACUUUUAACCUGAACCCUAUGGGUCUUCGGGUUAAAAGUAUGGCACUAUGAAGGGAAUAUAGGGUGCCAUUUUGAACUCACCCAAAGAUAAUAAAGGAAUAAUAAUGUCAAAGUAAUACAAGAGGGGAAGAAGAAUCCAUAGGAGUCUAUACAAAGGGAUCUGUGAAUGAGAAGUGUCCUCCUCUGUGGUGGAUGUUAUUUGUCUUUACAUAGAUCUGAAAAAUGACUUGUAGAAGAAAAUAUAUAUAUAUAUAUAUAUAUUACCCCCAAAGGUUUCUUUUUCCCUUUGUUGUUGUUGCAUGGAUGGAUAUUUUUUUACGAAUUAUAAUAUGACAUCUUUAUGACAACUUUGAAUGUGAGCUAUAAAACCAUUUAUUUAAGAAAUAAAUGUUUCUGUGUUGUCUG